AUGAUUAGCGAGUUGUCUCACGCCGAGCUGCAGGCUUGCUCUCAGCUGCCCCGCGUACUUCCCCGGCCGAUCUAUCUUUACCACCAGUCCUCUUUCCACACUCUGGGCGAUGUGUACCACGCUCACAUGCGUCGCUAUCGCUUCGAGCUCCACACCACCCGGAUCGAAGCUGGCAAAGUGGUACAGAUCACUGCGUACUCCGCUGGUGGUGACGGUGAGCCAUUCCUCGACAGCUCCCAGGUCAGCCUCCACCGUAUCAAGCGCUCCUCCUUCGGUGAACUGCUCUCUUCUGCUAUCUCGAGCGACCUCCCCCAUUUCAUGGCUUCUUCGCCACCUGCCAGCACCAUGUUUUCGAGCGGUAGCGUUUGGUCCAGUUCAUCCAGGAACUCGCUACCAGUUGACCGAAUGGAGACAAGAUUAAGUGAAGGAAUGAGCGAAGGAUUGGGCAGGUUGAAGCGUGAGAUGAGGAAAGUUAGAUCAACCGGAAGAGGACCAACAGUGGUGUAA